CCUCCCGCUGCUCUUACCUCCGCCGCCCGCCAGCGGCUCACCUGCCAGGUUGAAACUGCAAGACCGUAAACACGUCUUAUGACUAACUGACCGACGGGAGACUGUAACAGCAGAGCGCCAUGGAGGCUCUAGGGACGGAGUCCCCCGUCAGAGCGGGUUACCACAGACUGGAGGUCCAGAAAACGACGUGGGACGUCCCGGAGAGAUACACGGCGCUGCGGGCGGUCGGCUCCGGAGCGUACGGGACAGUGUGUUCUGCCAUCGACCAGAAGACAAAGGAGAAUGUGGCCAUCAAGAAGCUGUAUCGUCCCUUCCAGUCCCUCAUCCACACCAAGCGGGCCUACAGGGAGCUCAGGCUGCUCCGCCACAUACAGCACGAAAAUGUGAUCUGCCUCCUCGACGUCUUCACACCUGACUCCACGCUGGAGAAAUUCCAAACCUUUUAUAUGGUAAUGCCGUUCGUAGCCCAGGAUCUGGGCCACAUCAUGAAAAGGCGGAGAUUGACUGAUCGCAUCAUCACAUACCUGUUCUACCAGCUUCUACGAGGACUCAAGUAUAUUCAUUCUGCAGGGAUCAUUCAUCGGGAUCUGAAGCCUGGUAACCUUGCUGUGAAUGAGAACUGUGAAUUAAAGAUCCUGGAUUUUGGCUUGGCGAGACAGACGGAGAGCGAAAUGACCGGCUACGUUGUGACGCGCUGGUACAGAGCACCAGAGGUCAUAUUCAACUGGAUGCACUACAGUCAGACAGUGGAUGUCUGGUCAGCCGCCUGUAUCCUGGCCGAGAUGAUUACUGGCAGUGUGCUUUUCCCAGGGCAUGACAGUAUUGAUCAGCUGAAGAAGAUCCUUCGUCUGACAGGAACACCAGACUCCUCCCUGGUUCAGAGGAUGCAGAGUAAAGACGCACAAUCAUACGUGCAAGGUCUUCCACCACAGAAGAAGAGGAACUUCAGGGAAGUGUUUUCAUCCAUGGACGAUAAAGCUGUAGACAUUCUGGAGGGGAUGUUACUGCUGGACCCAGAGACCCGGCUGACAGCUAAGCAGGGGCUGUCACACCCGUUCCUGGCUGAAUUUGCUGACCCGGAGUGCGAGCCCGACUCUGAGGCUUACGACGACUCGUUCGAGAGCCUGGAACUCGCCGUCGGGGAGUGGAAGAGCCUCAUCCACAUGGAGAUCAUGACCUUCGACCCCGACAACCCCAGCAAGACGGCCAUGUAGGAGGCUGUGAUGAGCUGGUGCCCUCCCAGUGUUUGGUUCUAAAUCCACAUACUGCAAAGGUCAACAACACUGCCAAGCUCAGAGAAACAAACAUAAAAUGCAUAAAGAUAACUUGAAUGUUUUUUGUUUUUUUCUUACGGUGCAUCUGAUGUUCGGCAGUUGAACGGCAAUUUCACUAAAGGGCAGCAGUACUUGGUAUGGUGGCCUGUAGAGGACAACAGAGAAGAGAGAUUCUGAUGAUGGAAAAUGUCCCAACGUAUUGCUAAAAAAAAAAGUUUGUUUCAAGGUUUUAAAUUUUGACACGCAGUCUUGAGCUGCUGCCAUGCAACCACCAGCUGACCCUCGUGUGCAUGUCAUGUGGACGUGAUAUGACACGUAUACGGUACAUGUGGCGUGUACAGUUUUGAACAUAUCCUUGGUUUGUAGAAACCUAAACCGCUAACAUUUUAUUCUGCUUCUUACUGUGAAAUGAAAGAUGAUCGAUCCAUCCAGUGAUGUAUAUCUUGGACUUCCAGAAACGUAUUUGUCUAAGUCAGGAUUCAAUUCUGUAAGAUAUUUACUUGAUUGCACAGUAGAAAAACACUGAAAAAUCUAUAUUUGUUGGUAAAUCAUGAAAGACUGUACCAGUACAGCGUAUAUAAGUACACAGUAGAAAUAUAACCCUGCCUUAGUUACAUUUCAUCUUACCUGAGAGUUAUUGUAUAUGUCUCAUUUUGUAUGAUUAUGUGUAAGAUAUCCACGAUCAGUAGCGUGGAUUCAGCGCAAUAUUCGUUUCUUUUUUAACUCGUCUGCAAAGAUGUGGGAAUUUAUAAUUGAUCCUCAUUUGUACUGUUGGAACUCACUCAACUGUUCUCAAAUAAAACUUGAAAAGAAUAAAUGAA